CCCAUCACAGCUGAGAAAGAGGUGGACAGGGGGAAGGAAGGCAGAGUCCACACGCCUGCGUGGCCUGACGAUGGUAGGAGGAGCUGCAGACUACCAGCACAGCACUGACUGAGGCGGCGCACGUAGACUGGGGAUAGAGGAGAGGAGAAGAGUCAACGGAGUUCAUUAUUAGUAAAACAACACCAUCAUUUUAAAUACUUGUUUUACUAAGUUGGUUUUUCACAGCAGUAAUUAAAAAAAUGGGGAACCGGGUCGCUCGUGAGGACUUCGAAUGGGUGUAUACGGACCAGCCACAUGCAGACAGAAGGAAAGAGAUUCUGGCCAAAUAUCCAGAAAUCAAGUCGUUGAUGGGUCCUGACCCCAGGCUGAAAUGGAUUGUGUGCAUGAUGGUGGCAAUACAGUUUUUAGCUUUCUACCUAGUCAAAGACUUGGAUUGGAAAUGGGUUUUGUUUUGGACUUAUGCCUUUGGCAGCUGUCUCAACCACUCAAUGACCCUUGCUAUUCAUGAGAUCUCCCACAACGCUGCCUUUGGAAACAGCAAAGCCAUGUGGAAUCGAUAUUUUGCCAUGUUUGCCAACCUGCCCAUUGGUCUGCCCUACUCUGCCUCCUUCAAACGCUAUCACCUGGACCAUCACCGCUAUCUGGGUGGAGAUGGUGUGGAUGUGGACAUCCCCACUGAUUUUGAAGGCUGGUUCUUCUGCACACGGUUCCGCAAAUUUAUCUGGAUUAUUCUGCAGCCGCUGUUCUAUGCCAUCCGGCCCCUCUGCAUCAACCCCAAACCCAUCACUCAUCUGGAGCUGACCAACGUGGCCUUCCAGCUCACCUUUGACAUCCUGCUCUACUGGCUGUGGGGAGCCAAGCCUGUGGUCUACAUGAUGGCUGGCUCUUUGCUGGGGAUGGGCUUGCACCCAAUCUCUGGUCACUUCAUAGCUGAGCACUACAUGUUCCUCAAGGGCCAUGAGACCUACUCUUACUACGGCUCCCUCAAUCUGCUCACCUUCAACGUGGGCUACCACAAUGAGCACCAUGACUUCCCCAGCAUCCCAGGACGCAGACUGCCCAUGGUGAAGAAGAUAGCAGCAGAGUUUUAUGAUGACUUGCCACAGUACACAUCAUGGAUCAAGGUCCUGUACGAUUUCAUCAUGGAUGAUACACUGAGCCCAUACUCGCGGAUCAAGAGGAAGUUAAAGGGAGAGUUCAAACUGGAGUAAGAGUACUGAAAGCUUCUUUGGAACAAAGCCGCAGCCCAGCUCUCGCUCUCUUAAAUUUAACAGCUUCUACAGGUUAAUACAUUAAACAUUUGGGUUGUGAUUGUGUACAAGUCUUGAAAUGUGCUUUUCCUCCAGGAAGAGAAUAGUUUGACAUAUUUGUUAUCUAGGUCAGAAAGAACAAGGCAAGUAAACUGUGAGGUUGGAGGUUGUUCGUGUGAUGAUGGGAUGUACCUGGAACUGGCUGUACAAAGACAUGACAAAGAUUAAACAGAUCAACUUAAUAUAGACAUCUAAAUUGCCAUGAAUGAAGUAAGACUAUUAGCUAGAUUGCCCUGAAAUCUCCCACAGGAUGAAUUCUAAUCACUUAUAUAAUUUUCUGACUACAAAAUCUCAGUUUGUCCAGCACUUCACACUAACCCCCAGAUGUCCACUGAAGGCAGCUGCACUAUCCUCAGGCACUUUCACAUCUGUCAGAGAGGACUCUGCUGCCAUCUGUUGUGUUAAUGUGCAUUGGACAUGGGACUGUGAUCAGUACUGAGUAGAAGACUUCUGAAUAUUCAGGUAUGAGCACACUGCUUUAAGACACUGCUUCUGAAACACUGCCAGUGGCCUUUCCAACCAUCCUGGAACCGGAAGGUGAUGCAGCCAUAACCAGUGGACAUUAGGGCUUGUGACACAUUCAUUAGCCUCACCUAUACUUGGCAUACUGGCACAAUAAGUAGGAUAGUGGCCAGACUAAACAUUACACCGGCUGAACAUUGAAAGCAUGUUGUUAACAUAUAACUCAGUCCCAGUUCACAGCCUCACAGAGCUGCUAGCAUAACUAUAGAUCAGUCUAAGAUGUGUUUGUCCAGCCAACACCAGAAACCAUCUUCAACAUGUCUCUACAGUGUGUCAGAGGUGUUGUGCUCUGCAGUUUGUCAAACAAAUGAACUGUAUACAACCGAAUGCACUUGGACACCUGCUUCCACUUUGGACUCCACGGCUGGAGGUCGACAUGAAAGCAGCUUUGCUAGUGUACAUGGACAUCGACUAAAAGACCGUCAUCAUUAUGAUCCCUCCAUAUGAAUUGAUUUAAUUGCAGCAUAUUACAUUGUCUUUUUGAUGUGACAUGUAAGAGUUCCUAUUUUCUGGCCUUUUUCAACCCUUCUACUUUUAACCAUGUAAUGCAUUUAAGCACCAUGACCUUGUACAACCUCCUGUCAAGCUUCCAUGCAGCCUGAGUUUAGUUCCCAGAAGGGUCAGUCUGAGGUCAUUUUGUAUGAGAUCUAAGUACGCUACUUAUCAGUGCCUCAGGCCUUAAACCAAUGUUUAUUCGCUUUUAUGAGAGACUAUAUGCUAAGAAUUCAGAAAUACUUGAUGUAAUCACAUUGCUGUUUUAGGCUGAUUACACAAUCAGUAUAUUUAAUAAGAAGUCUAAAGCCAAUAAAAUACAUGGAAGAA